AUGUCUUUCCUCAGACGUCGCUUCGGUCGUGCAACAGGCGACGAUUCUACGCCCGAUAUCUCGCGGGAGCCCUCGCCGGCGCCAGAUGGCACGAAGCGACCUGGUAAUCUGCGCGUGAUCACGACGGAACAGUUGCAUACCCUCAAGAAUAGGGGAAAACAUGGCAAAAGGAAGAAUGCCUGGGUUUUUGGCGUGGGCAUCCUGUUCGGCCUGAUAGGAGCGGGCUUCUUUGCGAGCAACAAUGAUAUAAUCGACUUCAAGGCCAUGCAGGAUGUCAACCUGGAGAGCCUCAUGGAAGCGCUGCCUGCGAGUUUUGUCAAGAGCGCACAGCAACUGCAGAAACAAGAACGCGACACGGUCGACUACGACUCCUUCGCCGUCGGCCUGCAUGCGCAAAAACAGGGCAUCAAGGCCAAACACCCCGUCAUCAUGAUCCCUGGCGUCAUCUCCACCGGACUCGAGUCGUGGGGCACAGAAGAAGGAUCGAGGCAAUACUUCCGCAAGAGGCUGUGGGGGUCGUGGACAAUGAUGCGCGCCUUGGUCAUGGACAAGGCCUCGUGGAAGCGGCAUAUCAUGCUGGAUAAAGAUACAGGCAUGGAUCCGCCCGGAGUGAAGCUGAGGGCCGCCCAGGGUUUCGACGCAGCAGACUUCUUCAUCACCGGCUACUGGAUAUGGAACAAGAUUCUCGAGAACCUCGCAACCAUCGGGUAUGACCCAGGCAACGCCUUCACCGCAUCUUAUGACUGGCGCAUGAGCUAUAUGAACUAUGAGAUCCGCGAUCAGUACUUCACCCGCCUCAAGUCGCACAUUGAAGUUGCCGUCAAGGUCGCGGACAAAAAGGUCGUCCUACUCUCCCACUCUAUGGGCUCACAGGUCCUGUACUACUUUAUGCACUGGGUCGAGGCCAAAGGCUACGGCGACGGCGGCCCAGACUGGGUAGACAAGCACAUCGACUCUUGGAUCAACAUCUCAGGCUGCAUGCUCGGCGCCCUGAAAGACAUGCCCGCCGUGCUGUCCGGCGAAAUGAAAGACACAGCUCAGCUCAACGCCUUUGCCGUCUACGGCCUCGACCGCUUCCUCUCCCGCUACGAGCGCGCCGAACUCUUCCGCGCCAUGCCCGGCCUCUCCUCCAUGCUCCCCCUCGGCGGCAACGCAGUCUGGGGCGACGAAACCGGCGCGCCCGACGACCUCCCCGGCCAAAACGUCACCUUUGGCCCCUUUAUCCGCUUCCGCAACACAACCUCGCCGCUCACAAAAAAGAACCUCACCGUCGACGACAGCCUCCCCUUUCUCUUCCAAAAUACCGAACCCUGGUUCAAGAAAAUGAUUACCUCGUCCUACUCCCACGGCGUAGCUCACACCACCGCAGACGUCGAGCGCAACCAACUCCUCCCCGCCAAAUGGGUCAACCCGCUUGAGACACGCCUGCCGCGCGCCCCGAACCUGAAAAUUUACUGCUUCUACGGCGUCGGCAAGGAGACUGAACGCGCGUAUUAUUACCGCAGCGAUGACGAUCCCUCGAGCGGGCUGAAUGUCACGUUAGAUACUGUGUACACGAGGGAUAAUGUCGACCAUGGCGUUGUGCUGGGCGAGGGGGAUGGCACGGUCAAUCUACUGUCUAGCGGGUACAUGUGUGCAAAGGGGUGGGGGAUCAAACGCUAUAAUCCUGCGGGCGUCAAGGUUACAGUCUACGAGAUGAAGCAUGAACCUGAUGCGUUGAGUCCUCGAGGGGGUCCUAAUACCGCCGAUCACGUCGACAUCCUCGGCCGCUCCUCCCUCAACGAUCUUAUACUGCAAGUCGCAGGUGGACGCGGCGAACUCAUCAACGAAACAAUCCACUCAAACAUCAGAGCGUAUGCGGAGAAAGUCAAGAUAUAUGAGGAGUAG